AUGGCACCACUCACCGAGUCAAUCAAGACACGAGCUCAACUGAAUGUGCUGAGCCACUUUUGGGCAGCUGCUGAGCGACGACGACGAGUGAUCUUGCGACUGCUCUUUGGUAGUGCUACCGGCGCAUUAGUGAUGGCAAUUGUCCACGUGACUUUUAAGGGAAUGUGCAGCUCUCCGUGGGAAGCCGUGCGCUUGGUAGCACGUUUAGCCACAGUCGUGAGCUCGACGACCUUUUGGUUCGUCGCACGCGGAUGCAAGCCACGCUACCAGAACUGGACUCUUGGCUUUGAAGUUUUGUGUGCCGUGAUCCGAGAAUGCACUCGAGGGCCCCGUGGGAAGCUCAUGGUGAUGAAUGCCAAGCACGCGUGUGCCCUCCGAUCACAGAGUGCUGCUUUCGGCACGCUCUUGGGCUGGUUUGCAUGUCGACAGCAUGGCCGGCGGCUCGAAGCUGUGCACAUUAAUAACCUGGAACAUAUUUGGCUGCGGUCUGCAGUUCCAUCGACACCACUCGCCAAGCGCUUCGUGGUGCUUUACAUUCACGGAGGUGGGUGUACACUCAUGAGUCCUCGGUUCUACAUCACGUUUGGAGCAACGUUAGCAAGUGCGAUUGAACACGAGCUCCGCCAUCAACUUGGCUCGAAAGAGUCGAUCCAGGUUGACGUCUUCCUUGGGAACUACCGCAAGGCACCUGAACACUGUUUCCCGACACCUCCGAAAGAUGUGGUUGCUGCUUACAAGUACCUGAUUGAGACGGAAGGGAUUGUCCCCAAGCAGACUAUUCUUGCAGGGGAUAGUGCCGGGGGUGGCUUAGUGAUGUCGACUAUACUACGAAUACGAGACGAGCGCAAGGAGCUCCUGCCUUUAGCUGCAACGUUGAUCUGCCCUGCGGUCGAUUUAUCGGAAGUUGAGGCCCGCGGGGAUCCCGAGGCCUCGUCGGCUCGCUGUCUUUUGUCUCCAGAAAUGAUUGCGGCUGGCCGACUGGGCUACCACACGACGGCUGCAGACCCAACCACUUGGCUCGAUGCUUCUUCUGUUCACUGUGAUCUACGGGGCCUUCCGCCUGUGUUUGUGCAGGCUGCUAGCUUUGACUAUAUCUACCAACAUGCAGUGCGACUGGCUCAAAAGGCCGAGUCGGACGGCGUGACCAACUGGGAGCUCGACGUGCACGAGCACUUGCCCCAUGUGUUUACGAUUUUCCCGUCUUUUGUGCUUCCUUAUGCUCAGGUUGGCGUGCAAAGGGUCGCAGCUUUUGCGGCAAAGCAGAUUGUGAAGGCCCUGGAGAGUCCGUCGAUUACUAUACAGAAGGCUUUGACGGCGGAGGGUGUGGGGGGUCAGGAUUUGUGCAGCGAAACAAAAUGUUGCAGCACCGAGUUAUGGUUUGGAAAAUACGCAACUUGGAAGGAGAUCACGACGUACGUGAGAACUUUACCCAACGUGCAAGUCAAAUGA